AUGACAGGACCUAGAGUUUCUUGGAUAGGCCUCGGCAACAUCGGCCGUGGCAUGAGCCAAAACAUCGAUCAAAAAGGUCCCCAAACAGGCCCCAUUCUCCUCUAUAACCGCACAGCCGCACGGGCAACUGCCCACGCCUCGAAACUCACCAACGCGAAAGCCGUACCAACCCUCACCGAGGCUGUAAACCAAUCCGACGUGAUCUUCACCUGCGUUGGCGAUGACGCCGCCCUCAACUCAAUCGUCACCGCAAUCAUCUCGGACCCCACAAUCCCGCAAGAUUUGUCCAGCAAGACUUUCAUCGACUGCUCGACCGUGCACCCGGAUACAUCCCGACGAACGGAAGCAGCCUUCAACGAGCGGGGAGCGGGAUUCGUCGCAUGUCCUGUCUUCGGGGCGCCGAAUAUGGCAGAUGCGGGACAACUUAUCGUCGUUCCGGCCGGAAAGCGUGCAGCAAUUGAGAAAGUGCGACCGUUCUUUGAUGGUGUCGUGUCUAAGAAAACGAUUGACCUUUCAUCUGGAAGUGGAAGUGAUAUAGAUGUUGGACGGGCGUCCACAUUGAAAGUACUGGGUAAUACAUUCAUUCUUAAUACUGUCGGUGUUCUUGCUGAGGCGCUGGUUGCUGCCGAGGCAUCUGGGCUUGGAGUUGAGCCAUUGCAGGAAUGGCUUGGGCUUUUUGCGCCAGGGCCGUUUGCUAAUUAUGCGGAGAGGAUGGUGGGUGGGGAUUAUUGUACCCGGGAGGAGCCACUUUUUGCAGUUGAUCUUGCUAGGAAGGAUCUGGGGCAUGCUUAUGGGAUUGCGAAAGAGGGAGGACUGCGCAUGAAGAAUGUCGAGGUUAUGGAUGGGUUGCUGGAGAGUGUAAAGGAGGUCAAGGGGGCCAAGGGAGACGUUGCUGCUGUUUAUGGGGCUGUUAGAAAGGGUGCUGGGAUGGAAUUUGGGAAUCAAUGA